AGAGUCAGAGGAGCCAAACAGUUUGGAUCACAUCACAUCCGAUCCGACAAAGUGUAAAUAUGUUUGACAACUCCAACUACCCUUUCAACUGUUUCAACUACGAUGGAGACGGAUACCCUUCAUCCAGCACGGACGAGGAGAAGAAAAUGUGCAGACCCGCAUACAGUUACAUAGCUCUGAUAGCCAUGGCCAUCCAGCAGAGCCCCGAGCAGCGGGUCACUCUGUCGGGCAUCUACGAGUUCAUCAUGAAGAGAUUUCCUUACUACCGCUCCAACCAGAGAGCCUGGCAGAACUCCAUCAGACACAACCUGUCUCUCAACAGCUGCUUCAUCAAGGUUCCUCGGACAGAGGGCAACGAGAAGGGAAAGGGUAACUACUGGACUUUUGCCACUGGCUGUGAAUCCAUGCUCGACCUCUUUGAAAAUGGCAACUUUCGGCGUCGCCGGCGCAGGAGGAACAUGAAAAUCGGCUUCCGUGAUUCAGGAGAACCCCCUUUCCACCCUCUGGAGAGCCACAGCAAUCAGCACGUACCCGCAGCCCGGCGCCCUGAACCCGACUCCACCCUCUGCCCUUUGAACCCUGAGAGGCCGAGGCCGGGUCCCCAGCAGAACCACCUCAUCCCAAACCCUACCCAGCAGGGGAAACCAGAGUCAGAGAUCAAGUUUAGCAUUGACUACAUCCUAUCCACCCCGGAUCCACCCUUGCCUGGGUUCAGAUCCCCCCACGGCCCUGUUCACAUAGGGCCCACAGGGCCGUCCAUACAUGUUCUGGAGCCCCAACAUCUGAACCUGCACUUCUGGACUCUGUAAGAGAGGAAACAGAGACUGAACUUCUUCUUUCAUUAUCAUCUGUGUCCAAA